UCCCGGGCCGGGCCCGGCAGUGCCGGCCUGGCUCGCAGCCCGAGCGCUGCCUCGCCUCAGCCGGGUUUGCCUUGCGUAAGGCGGCCCAGGCCCAGCCUAUAAAGGCCCGGCCCGCCGGCUGGGGGCCAGUGGCACCAUGGCAGCUGCGAGGGACGCGGCGCUGCUGGCCUGGAUCCUCUGCCUCGGGGCCGCGGCGCUGGUGGCCACAGAACAACCAGAAGCAGAGACCAAAUACGGGAGAGUCCGAGGGUACCAAUUCCACGUGGACACAGCUGAGAAGACUGUAAAUGUCUUUUUGGGACUUCCUUUUGCUAAGCCUCCCGUUGGAUCACUGAGGUUUUCUGAACCACAGCCACCUGAGCCAUGGGAAGGUGUCAGAGAUGCCACUUCCUACCCACCAAUGUGUCUACAGGACCCAAUACUAGGACAGUUUGUUUCAGAUAUGGCUACCAACAGAAAAGAGAAGGUUCCUCUGCAAGUGUCUGAGGAUUGCUUGUACCUAAAUGUCUACACACCUGUUUCGACAGGAGAAAAACAGAAGCUGCCUGUCCUAGUAUGGAUCCAUGGAGGUGGAUUAGUUAUUGGAGCAGCUUCAUCAUAUGAUGGCUCAGUAUUUGCAGCAUUUGACAACGUGGUGGUUGUAACAAUUCAGUACAGACUCGGUAUUGCUGGAUAUUUUAGCACUGGUGAUGAGCAUGCCCGAGGUAACUGGGGAUAUUUAGACCAAGUGGCGGCUCUUCGCUGGGUUCAGGAAAAUAUCAUGCAUUUUGGAGGAGAUCCAGGAUCUGUCACUAUCUUUGGAGAAUCUGCAGGAGGAAUCAGUGUUUCUGCUCUUGUCUUAUCUCCCCUGGCCAAGGGCUUGUUCCACAAGGCCAUUUCAGAGAGUGGCACUGCAGCCCUGGGCUUGUUCACUGACCAGCCUAAGGAGGAAGCACGGAAAAUUGCUGCUGUCUCUGGCUGUGAAAAAUCCAGUUCAGCUGCAAUGGUUGAAUGCUUGAGAGGAAAAACUGAAGAAGAACUACUACAGAUAACACAGAAAAUGGAGGAUCUCUUUUUCAUCAGUACAUGUGUAGAUGGUGUAUUUUUUCCAAAGAGUCCCAUGGAAUUACUCUCUGAAAAAUCAAUCAAUGCUGUCCCAUACAUCAUAGGAGUAAAUAACUGUGAAUUUGGAUGGGGACUUCCUAUGAUGAUGAAAUUUCCGCCUUUUGUGGAUGGUCUGGAUAAAGAUGUUGCACGUCAAAUUUUACAGAGCACCAUAGCACUAGUCAUUAAGGGCCUUACAUCUGAAGUUGUUGACAGAGUGUACAAGGAGUACAUGGGGGAUGCAGAAAGCCCUGCCCAGGUCAGAGAUGGCCUCCUGGAUGCAUUGGGAGAUGUCUACUUUGUCAUCUCAUCUGUGCAAGUGGCCAGAUCCCACAGAGAUGCUGGCAACCCAGUCUUCUUUUAUGAAUUCCAACAUCGGCCGAGUUCCGUGGAAGGUUUGGUACCAGAGUUUGUAAAAGCAGAUCAUGGAGCUGAGGUUGCCUUUGUCUUUGGAAAGCCAUUCUUAGCUGGAGGUGCUACAAAAGAAGAAAAUGAACUUAGCAGAACUCUGAUAAGAUACUGGACCAACUUUGCUAAAAAUGGAAAUCCCAACGGGGAGGGCUUGGUCCAUUGGCCUCAGUAUGACCUGGAGGAAAAAUACCUGGGAAUAGACCUGGAGCAAAAGGCAGCAGAGAAACUGAAAGAACACAGAAUGGAGUUUUGGGCACAGCUCCUGAAACAAAGUCAGACUGAAAGGAGAAAACACACAGAUUUAUAAGACCUGUCGAGGGCAGUUUGCUUUUAAAUCCCAAAAGAAAGUCAAACAAAAUGAGUUUGUGAGCAUACAGAGUAAUAAUCACCUUCUAACUCACUGUUGUGUAAUCUGCUGUCCUAAUCACAGUGAAGGGAGAGCAACAAGGGGCAUUCAGAAUGUUUGUCAGUCUGAAAAUCACUAUUUAAUGAAGCAACCAGAAAAAAAACCCACAAUCUAUCCGGGUCCAGACAGACCAUGGUACCUACUCAGUGCAUAUCAAAAGUGAAUACUGAGGUGGGAAUGGACACAUGAACUGAAAUCUGUAAGAAAAUAUAUAUAUAGAAUAUACUGUAAAUGUCAGACGAUUUUAUAUGCUUAUUCCCUUCUUCUUUCAGAAGGGCAUGGUCAGUUGUCCUUCCUAGAGACUCUUUCUGCUUUCUGUAACUGGAAAUAGCUUGUAGGCAGCAGAGCAUCCAUCAACCUACGUCUGUGAGGUGAGCUUGACAUCUCACAAAAGAGGACAGAAAAUCUCUACCUGUUCUAUUGCUUUGUAAAUUGUUCUAAAUAAAUGGUGCUUUGACUUUUUGGA